UUUAAUAGCAAGGUGAAUAAAUAUUAAAAUUCAUAUACAAGAAAUGGACGAUAGCUAUUAUAAUCAGUUCAAGAUUAAAGGAGUUGAAGAGAAUGCUAAUUUUAAUGUCAUCAAGACUUCGCUAACUUUUGACAAUAAAAUGGGGAAAGAUAAAGGUAAACCCAAGCAGGAAGAUAUCUUCAAAUUCUUAGGCAUUCACAAGAGAAAGCAAAGAAAAAAGACUCAAACUAUCAGAGUUCAGGAAGAUUGAACUUACCUAGGAUCUGCCUCAAGAAAGAAUAGUAAAUAUGAAAGAGGAAGCGGAUGUCACAAGAGACCCUCAAUCAGAAAAGGAGAUAGAAUUGAGGAUAGAGAAUAAUCAAUAGGCAUGGCCUCUUUAAUAGUACUUUAAAUAAAAUAAUUU